GAAGAAGGGUUCAUGUAGCAUUCAUUCAGUAAUCGUGUGAUUUGUGAAAUUGACGGAUAUUAUUUCUUUCAAGAAUGGUUUCGAAUAUGAUUUUUUUCAACUUAUUCGUACUAAUUAGUGGGAUCAAUGCAAAACUUUAUCUGGGUGACUUACCUCUAGAAAAUCCUGAUCUUUUUGGAGGAGAUAUGUUGGGAGUAGAUAGACAUGAUCGAAGCGCAAUCAUAGGAGAACACAGACUGUGGCCUGGAGGGAUAGUUCCUUACGAGAUUGAUCCAAGCCAGAGAUUUCAAUCAACAUUUCAUGGAGCUGCCUACUACUACAAAAAAGACACUUGUAUUCGGUUCAUUCCUCGUACAAAUCAUACUGAUUACAUCAGAAUUUUUCCAGGACAAGGAUGCUAUUCUCAUGUCGGUAGAACUGGAGGACAACAGCCUGUAUCUCUUGGUCCUGGCUGCGAAUGGAUGGGUACAGUUGUUCAUGAGCUUGCCCAUGCACUAGGAUUUUACCAUGAGCAGAACAGAUCCGACAGAGACGAUUAUCUCAAUAUUUACUGGGAGAAUAUCAAAGAAGGAAUGGAAGACCAAUUUUUCAAGCUUAAGCCAGAAGAGAACCAACUUCUGUCCCCGUUUGACUACGACUCCAUUAUGCUGUACGGAGAGUACACAUUCUCCAAAGAAAAGGGCGUACUGAAGACGAUGUCUCGAAAAAACUCGGACAAACCCCUCAUAGAUGUAGUCAGGAAAUAUAGCCUCAGCAAAGAUGAUAUCAAGCGAAUCAACAUCCUGUACAAAUUUGCAAUGACAAGCAGAAUGUAUGGAUUGAUGGUUCUAUCUCUUUUUGGUGCAGUUUCAGCAGUUCCAAGACUAGACGUAAAUCUUGGCGGUAUUCCAAUGGAGAAUCCUGAUUUGUUUGGAGGAGACAUGUUGGGAGUCGAAGUUGUAGAUAGAAACGUGAUUCCUCAGCAGCAUUUAAGAUGGACCGGAAAAAAAGUACCGUACAUCAUCGAUUCAGCACUUGCUGGGUAUUCGUCCCUUAUUAAGCAAGCAAUGGAUGAUUAUCAUAAAAAUACUUGCAUACAAUUUGUAGAAAGAACUUCAGAAGAGAACUACAUUCGACUUUUUCCUGGAAGAGGGUGUUUUUCGAAUGUAGGUAUGAUAGGUGGAGUACAGUCACUGUCUCUAGGUCAAGGCUGCAUGUUCAAAGGCACAAUCAUACACGAACUUGGCCAUGCAAUCGGAUUCUUCCACGAACAUAAUAGAUCAGACAGAGACGAUUACAUAACAAUUUACUGGAAAAAUAUUCAGCACGGAAUGGAUACUCAAUUUAUUCUUAUGAAACCAGAAGAGAAUUUGCUUUUGGAUGAAUUCGAUUACAACUCUAUUAUGAUGUAUGGCAGCAAGGCAUUUUCUAAAGAUGGACGCUCCAAAACUAUGGUAGCAAAACAGGAUGGCGUAAAAUUGUAUGAAACAUUCGACAAGCCUGGGCUCAGUGCAAGUGAUAUACGAAGAGUGAAGAAAAUGUAUGAAUGUUAAAAUAUGAGCAACGCCAUU